AUGGUGGUUCGGAACUGUUCCCGUUUCCUGAUUAAGAAUAAGCAGACGUUCAGCACCAAGCCCAAUAAUCUGAAGUUCCCGAGUCAGCUCCUGCAGGGCUCCGGUUUCGCCCGCCGGCAGUCGCCCAGGCGUGCGGCGCGCCAGCGAACUAAGCAACAUUUUCCAAGCUCCAAGCUUGGCAAACAGAACCGAGUCUGCGUCCCGGCCGCCCCAGCCCGCCCCAGCCCCGCGGCUUUCGAACCCACAGCCGCCAGCCCGGGGCUCAGCCCGCGAUCGCGCCGUCACACCUGCCCAGGUGCGUUCCCGCGCCGCCCCGCGGGUGGGGACGACACCCUCUCAGGACGGGCCCCCACACGCCCCGCGGCCGGCCCCACUCACCCUGCUCAGCCCGCGGGAAUCAAGGGUGUGUCCGCGAAGCCCCGCCGACCGCGGCUCUCCCACCGACCUAACAACUCUCCAGCAGCCCGGGGACCGCCACUUCCGGCCUCCGCCAGCAGGCCGGAAGUAAGCCUAGCCACCAUUCUCCGCCGCCUCCGGGGAGACCUCGCGCUGACCGGAGGGGACCUCGGGGAAGAUGCCCGAGCAGUUGGAGCGCGCAGGGCGCCGAUGGGGAGUACGGAGGGAGGAACUUAGGACAGAAAAGGUCGUAGAGAGGACCUCUUGUCCUAAGGACUGGCUCGUCGUCAUUUCUUGCGUCCCUUCUUGAACUGUGAUCCUGCAUCCCCCCCCCCCGUUUCCUUUCAGCAGAUGGUUGCGUCCGUCCCGUCGCUUUCCUUUGCCCGCAUUCCAGAGCUGGGAGAGAGGCGGGGACCCCGGGGCCCGAUUUCCAUGUAGGGAAGUUGCGGAGCGAGAGGCCGCGGGCCUCCGGUGACUGGCAUUGGCUCCGCCCCCGGGCACCCGGCGUCCCCGUCCGGCUGGAGUGCGCCUGGGCAGGAAGUCGGUGUGAAUCAGCGUCUAGGUCAGCGCCGCGGGGUCCGCUCAGCGCGGGAGGGCGUGUGCGAGCCGCCUGAAAAGUUACGAAGUGGCCUUUUAAGGAGUAGCUCACUCUUUCCACGUGGGAGGAAGCAGUGAACUUUGAGGGCCCCAGGGUCUCCCUGGUUCGGUUCAGAGUUCGUGAAUUCAGUAUCCGAUUGCUCCCUCUCCCAGGAACGUUCCCUGGAACUUCCUACCAGAGUCAGUCCCCCUUUACCCUGAUGGUGACUCCUGCUCCACCCAUCGCUCCAGGAUGACCUGGCGAAAAAUGGGACUAAAGUGCUGGACCCAUUUACCCGCCCAGGUCUCCUUGCUGAGUCAGCUGCCAACAAUUGUUAAAGGAAAAAGCCUCCUUGAUCCCUUCGGCCCUGCCCGGAAUCCGGCGAAGGCUGUAUAUUGUUGGUGGUCAUCUCGAGAACACGAUCCUGGUGAGACCAGAGCAGUUCUAAGAGUUCCAGCUUCAUCUGCAAAGCUCUGUCCCUGGACUCACGAAAACGAAGGCGCUUGUUCUGAAUGAUGCGUGUUAAAUGUCCCCCAAACCAGCUGUUUUCCUUCAUGGAACGCGCGUGAUAUGGCUUAAAGUUAACCCAAAGAACUAUGGAUAUAUCAAGUCAAUGUGGAAAAAUUAAUUGAAGUCUUACAACUCUAUCUAACGUCCUGAUAUGAAAUUUUAAUGAUUAGGCCCACUACCGAAGGCCUCGGAUGCUCUCUGACAUCCCUGUUCUUUUGGAACUUAGAAGAGCUCUUCCUAAAGCAGCAGGUGAGAACCUUCUCACUACAAGUUGGACAAUCUGGGUUCUGCUCCACAUCUUUCCUUCAAGCAGCUGCUGCGUACCUCUGAGAGCAAUUCGCUCGGUUGACCUCAUUUUUCUAAUCUCUCUCCAGCCUGCCUUACGGGGCUUUCUGAUUAAAUGAAGUCAUUUAUAAUUUU